AUGAAAGCCCUUGUGCUCAUUUCCACCGUUUGCCACGUGGCUGCAGCUGUAAAGUGUCAUUUUGAUGAAGAUUCGUGAGUUUUCCAUUCUUUUCAGCUAAAAAAUGAUUGUUCAGAACGUGCGACGGAGAUUUCUGCGUUGGCGUGCGUCGGGGAGUCAGUUGGCACAGUUCGCCCAUUUGGGUACUCGGACUCUUUUUGGCUAAAUUUCAGUCGGAACAGUUGCAGACGUGCGUCAGUGGAGUGAAGAAGCCGUCGGACGAGUGCGUGCUCGGUUACGACGACGAGCUCGUCUGCUUUUGCGAGUACGUCACCGCGCUUUCGUUUGAAUUCUACAAUGUCUGAUUGCCCGUUGCGCGUUGCGUUCUAUCGCAAAUUUAGUGCGGUGGAGCGGAGCCUUCAGCACGAAAUUUCCACCAACUUUAAAAAAAAAUCAUUGAUUUUGCCAUAAAAACAGACUGUAUUUACAGCACAGACUUCUGCAACAAUCUGUCGAUAUUCCGCUCCAAUGUGACCACUCUUCCGGUGAUCGAAUGCAGAGAAGUCCGCUUGAGAGAGUACUUGCCAGUGGCGUGCAAUGUCUGCAUCAGAACCGUCAGAUAUGUAACUUUUCAAAAAGAAGGAACAGUUCAGAAAGCAGCAAUUUCUUUAGGAAAAACAAGACGAGGGCGGCGAGUACGAGCACGAGAGUAAGGAAGAGGGCGUGAGGUGCAGUGACGAUACCAAUUCGGCCGAGUUCGUGCUUGAUCCUCAAGCGAUGCCACAAGACGCAAUAGCUGAGAACUUUCACUCGGACGCCUGCUACAAUGUCUCAAUGCACCCGAACAAGUAUAAUGUGUUCUGCCGAUGCUCUAAAGUUUGUUUUUGUCACGUGAAAACCCGGCCGUGAGAAUUUCUAAUUUAACACUGAAUUAAAGUGAAGAGCGCGAUUGUCAGACUCUACGGCAGCAAUAAACUUUAAAAUUAAUUUGCAGGCCAACUGUAACUCCCCGGAGACGGACAUUCCGUUCCCAAUAUCUGCGCCGACAACGUCUUGUUUUGUGGGCGGACUGGAUUCAUUUCUGAAUAGUGGAAAGUACGGUUAUGCAAAAUAUGAAAAGAUGACGAAAACGGAUAGUUUUGCGGACGAAGGGCGUGAGUAUUUGUCACUAGAAACUUCAGUAACAUUACUUAAUUUUCCAGUUGAAUGCCGGGGACACUAUUGUUUCAUCGCUACUCUUCCGUUUGACACGUUUGUACACGGUGGAGAGCGUUACUACAAAGGUUGCGUUUCUGCGAACGAGCAAGGAGAAAACCGGAUCCAAAUGGGCUAUUUAUUGUUGAAUAACGUUGCCUUCUACAUCUGCGACACGGAUUUUUGCAAUUAUAAUAUCAAUAGCACUAUGGAAGCGGCGUGGAACUCGACGAACACUGUUAAAGAUAAUUUAUCCUGUUCAACUUCCAAUGUUAUUUUUGUUUUUUUGCUUGUGAUCACUGCUUUUUCGUCUGAAACCGUUUGAAUUGAAUUUGAAAAACAAAACUGAUUCUUUGUGCAUUUUGCCGUGCGUACGCAAACACCGCCAAGUCAAUGUGACAUAACUGACGACACUCGCAGGAAGCUGCCUUCAAUUCGGAGAGCUUCCGUGCCUGAAAAAAUGACAAAACCGAAAGCGGUGAUGUUGAGCAAUGAUCGAAAAUUCAAAAUAGGCUUCAAACUACCCGUUCACUCGGAUAACCACGGUCGCGGAUACGUUUCAAUGCCUCAGGAGCACGCAAACGUCAACUGGUGAGUCCUAUCGCGGCGGCAAUUCCCAAUUUGCUCGAAUUUUCAGGCGAUGUGGACUCUUGGGCGUGGAGGACAACAAACUAGGCAUCCAAUUAAUGUGCAAUCAAGAGGAUCGUUCCAACUUCUGGAGUUUCGACCUCAGUUACGUGUUCGAGAUUAAAAAUACGGGCGGAGAAACGUUGAAGGAGGCGGGAAGCUUUCGAUUUCAAGCGAAAACGUACCUUUCGAUUCGGGUCAAAAUGGAGGAAAUCAGGAGAAUCGCGACGAAAGGCGAAAAACUGAUUGCGCAGUUCACAAUUGAGAUGAAAAAUAAAGUUGGGAUAAGGCCGAAAAGGAGUCACGACUAUUCGGUCAAACAUCAGCAUCUCGACAAUGUCAAAAUCGUCGUCGAGGGAAAAAGCAUAUUUUGCAACAAGCAGGUUGACAAAUACAUUCAAAAUUUGCAAGAAACUUUUGAUUUUCAGAUUCUUGGCCUGCAAUCCGAGUUCUUUAUGGGUCUGCUCUUCUCGGAAGGCGCCAAAAAUGCCGAUGAGAUUAAGCUGCCCAAAGAAUUUACUUACGACAAGGUCCUCCGGCUCAUCAAGGUGCUUUACAACGACGGAGACGCCCUGAGUCGUAAGUACUCGAAAAAAUCAGCGAAUUCAGAAAUAAAAUGUUGCAGCUGACAAUGUCGAGGACACUCUGGCGCUGGCACAUUAUCUGAAGUCGGACAAUGCCCGUCAGAGAUGCGAGCGAUGGCUGAGCAAGACGCCAAACAUGCCGGCCCAGAAGAAGAUGAUUCUCGCCGAAAAGUUCGGGCUCAUAGAGCUGCAAAACGAGUGCAUCGCGAUGCUGAAGACGUCGAAACAAGUGCAGAAGCUGUUCGAGAACCCGCGCGACUUCACGGACACGGACAUUGCCGAGCUCAUGAACCGAGUGACUCUUUCCAUCGUCGGCCAGUCCUACGACAUUUCCUCAGCGCUCCGAUAA